GCUCUCACAUAUCAAACUUUGAAUUUCAAUCUCUGCAAUUUUUUAAAAUUAAGAUUAAAAUAAAAUAACUUUACAUAAAAAUCGGUGGUGGUCAAAGUGGUGGUCUCUACACUCACAGGGUUCAAUUUCGGUACUCUCUCUGGUCGUGCGACAUAUUUUCAACAUGACGACCUCGUCUUCUGUAUGCGAGAGGGGCAACGGUUUCGAAGUCAGUUUUGCAGAAUCAUCCAUCCUGGAGUCGAAAGAGGACGGCGAACACUUUCUUCACAACACUGGAGGCUUUCGCGACCAUUCCUUUGAAGAAUCCAGCUUCUUUCCGCACAACCAAACUGAUCAACUGCGGGGAGGAAUUUCAUUUAACCAGAGUGUGGAAGGACUAACUUCCGUGAAUCAUCUUCAUAAUGCAUUUGUCGCAGCCAUUGCAAAUAUGCCGACCAGACUUCAAUUAUUUGAAGUAAUGGACGAGUGGAUGAUUCAUAUUGAACGAGCGUUAGAUAUUGACCGGCAUCUAGAUCCAGAAAUCCCGGAUAUCGUUCAUGACAAGUUACACCGAAUGCUGAAAAGGGAAUAUGAAACGUGGGACUUGAUCAAGACGUUGUAUUUUGAUCGGCUGAGUGAAAAAGAAGAAGAGCAUCCCAGAGUGCCAUUCAAUCAGGAGAUUGACGACAGAUUCAGACUGGACGAAAUGACCUAUGCUAACGCUAUAAUGCAUGGCGAUAAAACCUUGCAAGAGAUGGGAAUGAUCAUUAGCUGGUUGGAGCUAAAUUACAGCAGACAAGCUGACCCUGAUCUGACUCCCAAACUUAUCGCGUGGGAACAAACGUUGGAUACACUGAAGAGGGAUAAACAACUGAAAAAAAUGGGUGGUUUCAUGGUAUCGGAGAUUGAUGCUGAUGCUCCAUUUCGUGAAAACAAAGAACUUCAUCCAUUGGAUGCGGACGAGGAGUUACGAAUACAGCGAGGCGCAUUUCAUUACUUGCGGACUGGAAAUAUUGACAAGGCUGUGAGCUAUUUACAUCAGUCGGGCCAUAUUGCAAAAGCGAAAGCAAUUUUGGGUUCCAUAAUGUCUCAAAAAAUAGCCAGUGAUGAGGACACUGAUGAAGAUGGCACGAUUCCCACCUUGUCGCAUGUACAUCAAGAUCAUAUGCUUGAAACCCCCAAUGCAAAACGAUCUAAGCACAGCUAUGUUGUAGCUGGAAAUCCCCACCGACUACUCUGGAAAAAUAUUGCAUGGUCAAUCUGUGAACAAGAUAUGACAUCAAAAUGGGAACGAUCUGUGAUUGGAGCUUGUUGUGGACAUCGACAAUCCAUGCUAGAUGUUGCAAGUACUUGGGAGGAUAAGUUGUGGGCUUACUUGAAAGCGGCCGUCAAUACAAAAAUUGAGGAAAAGCUAAUUAAUCUCAACACGGUCUCAAAAUCAGUCAACCUGCCCCUCGAAUAUUUCUCUCAAGCGUUGGACGUAACAGAUAUUUUGAAUGAAUUGGAUGCAUCUGAGAAAAAAAUCGAGUUUACAAUUGAUCACAUGUUUCAACUUCUUCAAAAAUGCACCAUGAAAGAUGAUUUAGGAUUAUUCUUGAGGGAAGUUCAGAAAAAUAUCGAUAGUUUAUUUGGCGAUGCGGAUCAUCCAAUAAUUUUGGAUCAUCUAAUAAGAUUUUUGACACAUGUGCUAUUGGCAUUUGCAAUUGCGGAAUUGAGUUACAAUGAACCAUUAACGAAUUUAUCGUGCGACGCCUACGUUAACGUCCUUGUGAAGAAUGGCCUGUUCAUCGGAAUUCCAUUUUAUGUUCAAAAAUUAUCCUCUGAAUUGCAGACAUCUGUAGUGGUCAGUCAGAUCAAUUGUGAUAUUCGCUACUCGGGCGACGAAAUUCGUGACUUUUUACAAGGCGCAGCAGAUAAUAUGCUCGACGUCUUGGGAAUUGCGACAGCUAUUGUUGAUAAGUUUAGGGACGAAGUAGAAGACUUUGACGUAGAUAUGCUCCAAUGGAUAAGUUCUUGCUACAACCUUCUCGAAAAUCAAGAAGUAGUAAUGGUAGAAUUUCUGCGGUACACUGUGUGGAUUUCGCGAAAAUAUCUUACUUUGGGAAAUUUGGACAAAGUAAAACGACUCACGAAGCAGAUUACUCAGGAAUGCAUAACUGCUGUAGACAAAGUAUAUCCAGCUCUUGUACGAGAAUACGUUUGCUACAGAGAGUACUUGGAAGCCGAGGACGCGCUAACACUGUGGAAGCAAGCGAAAACCCAAAGACCUACUGAUCAACUGCAUAAUAUGGGUGAUAUUGUACUGAAUAGCCUGGCCGAUCGGGCGUUAUACGAAAAAAGGAAAAGAGAGCUUGAAAUCACGGAAACAAAUUGGCAGCAAGCUUUGGAAUUUUAUGGCAAAGUAGCCAUUGAGGCAUUUAUGAAAAUCUUAAUGUUUCCUGAUGGUGGUUGGCUCCGAGAUUGUUGUAAUCCUGCCGACCACGAUGAAAAUAUGCACAUAAACGCUGUUCGUCGCAUUACUAUAAAAAAGGUUACAUUCGUGGUUUUGAACCUGAUUAAAGAGAGGAAUUUGGCGGAUAAAUUUCGUGACUUUGUAUAUGUCUUAUGCGAUGGUCGGCGCAGAAUAUUAGAAGAAUUUAAUUCAACAGAAAUCGGAAGCAUAUUUAAAGUGAUAGAAGAAUUUAACAAAGCUAAAAGUCCUGGUUUAAUUAUGCUACCUCAAGCUUAGUAUGUAUGGUGCAUAUACCACCUGAUGUUUUCAAGUAUUUAUAAUUUUCCUGUUUUAUACAUAUUUCUUGCUAUAUCAUCGAUAAAGAUACAUGUCUUAUUAUAUUUCUGUACACUGUCAAUCUUGUAUCCAACUAAAUAAAUGCAUUAUAAAACAUGAGAA